CGGGUUUUAGCGGAAACCUGAAACCGGAAGUAAAUAUGUGUUCAUGUCCUGCAAUAUUUCCACGAACUUCCCAAAGUUUUGAUCAGUUAAUAUGUCUCUUGAUGACAGGUUUCAGAUAACAGGCUUAAUGCAGAACAUUUACCUCGAUAACAGAUAGUAAAUAUCCAGGAAGUAUUAGCAAUGACAAGUCGCUGGAGCCGAUAUUGCAGCAGUCUUCCAUGUAAUCAACAGCAGAGGCCAGCCAGUAGAACAGUAUAUGUUGGAAACAAACACCCACAUGAUGAAGAAGUGUUCAUCCCUGAGAUAUAUCCGGAUAACAAGAUUGUCUCCUCAAGGUAUACAUCGUGGAAUUUUCUCCCAAAGAACUUAUUUGAGCAGUUCCGACGUGUUGCCAACUUCUACUUCCUAUGUGUUGGAAUUGUCCAGUUGACGAUUGACACUCCAGUGAGUCCUGUCACCAGUAUUCUUCCUCUUGUGUUUGUCAUCACAUGUACAGCCAUAAAACAGGGCUAUGAAGAUUGGUUGCGUCACAAAUCAGACCGGGAAGUCAACCAUAGAGAGGUUGAAAUCAUACGAGACGGGCACCUUACAACGACUAAAUCAAUGCAUAUCAAGGUUGGUGAUAUAGUACGUGUGAAAAGUAACAAAGGGUUUCCGUGUGAUAUGGUCAUGUUGUCUUCCGCUGACCCAGAAGGAAAUUGUUACAUAACUACAGCAAAUUUAGAUGGAGAAACCAACUUAAAGACACACUGUUGUACAAUAGAUACAAGGCGCUAUGUACAUGAAGAUGACUUCCUCAAACUUACAGCAUUUAUUGAAUGUGAGCAUCCAAUUGCUGACUUGUAUUCAUUUGUUGGAAACUUGACAAUAGUUAAGGACAGUGGUGAACAUAUUGUUAAACCAUUAGGACCAGAAAAUAUACUGUUAAGAGGUGCUCGGUUAAAAAAUACACCAUUUAUCUAUGGAUGUGCCAUAUAUACAGGCCAAGAAACUAAAAUGGCCUUGAAUUCCAAUACCAAAGUUACCAAGUUUUCUCGUGUUGAGAGACGUAUGAAUACGUUUCUCUUGAUAUUUCUUGUGAUAUUGUUGUUAGAGUCUGUGUUCUCUACAUGUAUGAAAUACUGGUAUGUGUUCAGGCCAACAGUAGGCCAGCCAUGGUAUGUUCCACAGAUUGAAAUUGAUGCUCAAGUUACGGUUAGACGGGUAUUUGAAGACUUCCUUGCUUAUAUUGUUUUAUAUAAUUACGUCAUUCCAAUAUCAUUGUAUGUUACUAUAGAACUCCAAAAGUUUGUUGGUUCCAUGUUUUUUGCCUGGGAUAAAGAUAUGUUUGACCCGGGAACCAAUGAACGAGCCAAGGCAAAUACAUCUGAUUUAAAUGAGGAGCUAGGCCAGGUGGAGUACCUGUUUACAGACAAGACAGGGACUUUAACAGAGAAUGAUAUGCAGUUUAGAAUGUGUUCUAUUAAUGGUAAAAGAUACGAGGAACUUGGAGGAAUGCUGUGUGAAACUUACCCUGCCGGCAAUGCUCCCAACCCCGUACCCGUUCUCAGCGAUGAGAUGGAGACGUUUCUUACAGUGUUGGUUCUGUGUCAUAAUGUACGUGUAGAUCACCCGAAUGCUGCCGACCUCGGAGCCUCUACCAUGUAUAGCUAUGGAGGAUUUGAUUAUGAAUAUCAGGCAUCCUCUCCUGACGAGAAAGCUUUUAUUGAGGCUUGUAGAAGAUUUGGUGUGGUUUUCCAUGGGACACAUGAUGACAAAUUGGAGGUUACAUUUAAAGGAGAAAUGCGAAGAUACAAACUGUUACAUUCCCUUGAAUUUGAUCCGACGAGAAAACGCAUGAGUGUCAUAGUCCAGAAUGAGAAUGAUGAGAUAUAUUUGUUAUGUAAAGGAGCAGAAAGUGCCAUAUUGGACAGGGUGAUAGAGGGAGAUAAGUCUGGCACCCUGCUUCAUGUCAAUGAAUAUGCUGUGCUAGGACUGCGGACCCUGGUGAUUGCAAUGAGACAACUGGAACCAGAAGAGUUUACAAAGUUUGACCAAAUGUUGUCAGAUGCAAGAAAAUCCCUGCAGGACAGGGAACAAAAGCUUGCAGAAGCAUUUGAUUUUGUAGAGAGGGAUUUCCAGUUGCUAGGGGCAACCGCUGUAGAGGACAGACUGCAAGAUAAUGUUCCUGAAACAAUACAGGCCCUUCUUACUGCUGGUAUCAAGGUGUGGGUGUUGACUGGAGACAAAGAAGAGACUGCAAUCAAUAUUAGUCAUUCAGCCGGACAUUUUUCUUGUGAAAUGAAUGAAUUGAAAAUUACACAACAGCAGUCUAGCUUAGACUGUGCCGAACUGAUACGUAAACAUUCCUCUACUCUAGAAAAUGGAGUCAGAUGUGGCGAGAAGUUUGCUUUGGUGAUAGAUGGUGCUAGUUUGGCUUACUGCCUGAUUGAACAUGCUGAUAUUCUCUGUGAUCUCUGUUUAAAGUGUUCCGCAGUUCUUUGCUGUAGAAUGACCCCACUACAGAAAGCUGAGGUGGUGAAGUUAAUAAAGAAUUCCAAAACAAAUCCAGUUACUGCUGCCAUAGGAGAUGGUGCCAAUGAUGUUAGUAUGAUAGAAGAAGCUCAUGUAGGACUUGGUAUAAUGGGAAAAGAAGGACGUCAGGCUGUGAGAAACAGUGACUAUGCAUUUGCGAAAUUUCAUUUCCUGAUGAAGGCACUCCUUGUACAUGGACAUUUUUACUACAUCCGAAUUGCUAAUCUUGUUCAGUAUUUCUUUUAUAAGAAUGUAGCAUUCAUCACUGCCCAGUUGUUCUACACAUUUUUCUCAGCAUUCUCAGAACAAACAUUGUAUGAGAGUUGGUAUUUGAUGAAUUUCAACAUGGUAUUUACUGCAUUCCCUAUACUGAUGUAUGGCAUCUUUGAGCAGCAUCUGAAACCAAGUCUCCUCAUGGGAAAUCCAAAACUUUACAGGAAAAUCUCAAGAAAUGAAAAUAUGUCCAUUCAAAACUUCAUUUUAUGGAAUGGCACAGGUUUAUGGCACUGUGUGGUUAUGUUCUUUGGUUCACUGUUUCUCCUGGGGGAGGAGUGUUCAUUGUUCUCAGAUGGAAAAAUGAUAGGCAACUGGUCUUUUGGGUCUAUUGUGUACUUUGGGUGCCUAGUCACAGUCUGUUUAAAGUUGUGUUUACACAUCUACUACUGGUCCCUACCAAUCUGGCUCAGCUUUGCCUUCUCAGCAUUCUCGUAUUUUGUCGGUACAGCAGUCUACAACUCAGUCUUAUGGCCAGAAUUUUUUAGUGACCAUAACUACCUGUUAUAUGUCUGGAACACUGUCCUUACAUCUGGUAGUGUCUGGUUAUUGGAGCUUGUACUCAUAGUUCUAGCACUGGUACCAGACAUUGUAUACCGGGCAUACAAGGAUAUCACUAUGACAAUGCAAUUAGGACAUCAGCGACAGAUGGAGUGCGACUCUAGUCUCAUACCACUACGUCAACUAUCCUACGAGGAGACAAGGAAAUUUAUCUUCCCCUAUGUUACACCAAAAUCUAGUCUCCAAAAUAUACACAGCAAUCAAAAUAGGCCAAAGUUGAUACAACCAAAGUUUACUGGCCGCUCACAGAAACGAAAACAUGUUCUUUGAUAUUAGAAUAUGAUUAAAGAAUUACAUUUGAUAUUAAUAGUUAAUCAGGCACAGAAAAAAAUAAUUUGUUUCUCAAACCCAUCAGUUGGAUUAUUUUCCCAGUUACUCAAUAUUUUCAUAUGUGUAUAACGUCCAUAUAUGUUCAGAGAAUAAACAUUUUUUAGUAAAAUAUAGCUUCUAAAAGAAUGUCAAGUCAGUAAGUGAAUUAAGCUUAUCCAGCUGCCCUAGUUGUACAAGUUUGCACAAUUUUAAAGUCUAGACAUUAAUUUUAGAAAUAUUUUGUUAUUUUCAACAAUUUAUUUUUUUUCAUUUGAGUCAGUGUUUAGCAUCUUGAAAAUUGCUAUUAGUAUGUAUUAAUAUUUUUUGAAAGCUGAACUUAAUGUAACGGAAAAGAUGCUUUGAGAAACACAUUAUUCGUAAAAUUUUGCCAAUAUGAUUAUGCAUGUAACAUUUGAAUAAGCAGAUUUACUUAGCUAGUUCAAUGUAAUCAGACAGAAAUUGUGGUUUUACUCUGUCUUGCCUUAAACAUCUAACUCAGGGUGCCUUUGUUUUCUUGUGUUAUGUGUUGUUCAAAAGUAUAUAUACCAAAUGUUAAAUGAAUGCUUAGUCCUACUGAAAUCCAUCCUGAUAUGAUAUUGUCUACUAGACCUAGUAUUUUGUAGGGGUUUUCAGGGUACUGGAUGUUUCUUUGUUUAAAGAUGCUUAAUCAGAUUUUAGUCAAGAAAAAACAUUUUUUUGAUAAAGGAAUUAUACAAAUAUAAGACCUAUGGUAUUAUACAUACUGUUGUAGGAAUGGCAUUGGCAACUUUAUAUUUAGCUGCAAAGUAUUAGAAGUGCAAGUUCGAAUAAAUAUUAUUACCUCCCUUUGCCUGUCUUGGUAAGGCAACCAAGAUAGAUUGGAAAUAAAAGAAUUACAUGACUACAUGCAGUUUUAAAACUUGCCUUUUGGUUGAGAUUGUUGAAAUAUCCCGAUAUCCAUCGAUGCCAAUUUGAAACUAGAUGUUAUUGAAAAAAAAAACAUCAGCUUUUUUGAUAUUUUUGUAUUAAAGGGAGGUAAUUACAAAGUUUUAUGAAAUUCAGUCAAACAUGUUUCUUAUAGAGUAAAGGAUCUUUUUGUUCCCUAAAUAGAUCACAAACAUAAUAUAUGAAAUCUGAAAAUGUAGAAACAAAGGUUCCUAAAAUGUAAUUGACUGCCUUUAAUUGUUCUUAAUCACUUUAUUGAUGAAGAAUUGGUCCACCUUCAUGGAAGGAAAAAGUUUCUAAACAGUAAAACUUGGUUGAUUUAUAAGGUCUUAGAAGAGAAGAUAAAUGUUGUGGAAAUUUAAUUACCAACAUGGUUUUCUGCAAUAUUGAAAGAAAUGAUAACUUGUAAACUUGGAACAGCUUAAAUUUACUAGAUUAUGAUAACACACUUGAUUGUACUUUAUAGAUGUGCCAACAGGCACAUAGUCAUACAAGAUAGAUCAUAUUUCUUGAUAUAUUGAAGAUUAAGUCAGGUUUAUAAUGCUGUGUAUAUUAUGUGGUCUAGUCAGAAUUUGUCCAAAGGUGUACAUUAAUUUUUAAGAUAUUAUGUUAUUUUUAUGCCCCCGAAGGGAGGCAUAUAGUUUUUGAACCGUCUGUCGGUCUGUCCGCAAUUUUCGUGUCCGGUCCAUAUCUUUGUCAUCCAUGGAUGGAUUUUCAAAUAACUUGGCAUGAAUGUGUACCACAGUAAGACGACGUGUCGCGCACAAGACCCAGGUCUGUAGCUCAAAGGUCAAGGUCACACUUAGACGUUAAAGGUCAUAUUUCAUGAUAAUGCAUUGAUGGGCGUGUCCGGUCCAUAUCUUUGUCAUUCAUGCAUGGAUUUUAAAAUUAUUGGGCAUGAGUGUGUACCACAGUAAGACAAUGUGUCGCGCGCAAGACCCAGGUCCGUAGCUCAAAAGUCAAGGUCACACUUAGACGUUAAAGGUCAUAUUUCAUGAUAGUGCAAUGAUGGGCAUGUCCGGUCCAUAUCUUUGUCAUUCAUGCAUGGAUUUUAAAAUAACUACGCAUGAAUGUGUGGCACAGUAAGAAUACAUGUCGCGCGCAAGACCCAGGUCCGUAGGUCAAAGGUCCUAAACUCUAACAUCGGCCAUAACUAUUCAUUCAAAGUGCCAUCGGCGGCAUGUGUCAUCCUAUGGAGACAGCUCUUGUUUGUGUUAAUUCCUCCAUUGUUUUAGGAAAAUUGUUGUUUUUGUAUAUACAGGAUCUCUCAGGCUUUUACAAUAUCCUUGCAUCAGUACUAAAUAAUUGUUAUUGUUUUCCUUUGGUAGCAAUGGUUAGGACAUACUCUAUGUAUAUAUGUCAUUUGAGUAGAGUUACUUAGCUUUAUUUAGGGAUAUGUAAUCAGAAUCAGACAGAGCUUUUUGAAAUGCAAAAUGAAAAUAUUUUAGAAUGAAGAGAAUGUUUUUUAAAGAAUGUCUUACAUUUAAGUUGAGAAAGUUAGAUUUUUUUGUUCAAGGUUAUCCAUUUCUUUAAUUUUGCAUAUCCCUGUUACAUUAUGAAGGGUGUAAGGAAGGUUUGUUCCAGUUAGAAAAGUAAAUUAGCAUAGCAAAAACAUUGAAAGCUUUUCAAUUACAUUAACCUUUAGCCUGCUGGCGGUGAUUGAUUUUGCCUUUGCGACCAGUGCAGACCAAGAUCAGCCUGCACAUCCGUGCAGUCUGAUCAUGGUCUGCACUGUUCGCUAGUCAGUCAGUAAAUUUUCAGUGGAAACCCCUUCAAAUAAAAAAUGGUAUUGCCCAAAUUGAAUUAUGGACCAGUCCAUUUUAGAAAUUUAGCAGGCUAAAGGUUAAUUGCUCAGAUAUGUUGACAUGUUGCUAUUAUGGAGAUAUGAUUAGUUUUAGAUUGUCCUAUCAGAGAAAAUACAGAUUGUUCUAUACACUAGACUAAGAACAUUGUAGAUCUACAGAUCAUGGGGUAACGACUUGUGAGUUCAAUCUCCAGAGGAGGAGUAUGUUCCGUGUCAAUUUAACAAAAGACGGUAUGUCUGAAGUUUUCUUCAUCCUGCAACUCUUGAUUCAUGUGGGAAAAUUGGCAAUUACUUGUGAAGAAAGGGUAAGUAUUGGUACAGAAUCAAGGAACUCUGGUUAAUUAAGUUAACAGCUCUUUGCAUGUUAGAUAGUUGAGAUACUUUUAAAAAAAUCAGCUACAUGCAUUUGUUGGUGAAAUGUAAACAAACAAACAAAAUAAGAGUGUGCAGUACUCAUAGUUAUUCAUUAUUUAACAGAAUAAAAUUACAUUAUAUAUUCAUGAUGCAUAUUCAUAUCUUAGUUACACCUAUAGUUGAAAUAAUGUUUGAUCUACUUUUACAUAUCAGUCAGAUUUUUUUUGUCGUCUUUGACUGGAAAUGGACUAGGGAAAUAAAUGCAAGAUUUUCUAUAAUAUUGACAAAACCAAAAUACGCGGAGUGUUCCUGUGUUAAAUACUGAGAAAAUGUGGCUGUUGUUACGAUAGAAAAUUGUCUAUUGUUUAAUUUGCAUAGUACCCAUUUACCUAACUAUGUUUUAUGUGAGAAAAACAAUUGAAAAGGGAUAUUGGUUGACCUUUGGGCAGCGUUGUUCACGGUAAUAUACCUAAGGGUAGGACAGAAAAUGUACAAUGGCAUUUUUU